AUACGAGGAUUACACAUGACAAUUGGCAAAGGGGUGAGAAAAGAAAUACCGCGAGCCUGCGAUUACAUUUGUCGUCGAGAGCAGGUCUAGGCAGGAAUUACAGACAUAAGUCCUUCAGCCCCAUGUAGCAAUUUAAUUAAAUUUCGUCAAGUAAGGUUGGACUCACUGCCGUUCACUGGGCUGAUUUUGUAUAGAACCCAGCUAGUACAUGCACCUCUGUAGGGUCAAAUGCUGCUGAGUUGACCCAGGCUCUUCACAGUUGUCAAAUUUCUCAUGAAAUGCCACCUGUUCCUGUAUACAGAGCAAGAGGUAUUUCAAUACAAUCUCAAAGAUCAGUAACAAAGAAAUAUGAUUAGAAGACUGAUUUGGGACAAGUAGAGUUGAACGGCCGCUGUAAAAACGAUUCCACGAUGGCUCAAAUAAACAACGUUUACAUUCUAGUCCAGGAGUAUAACAUUUUAAGAUGGAAUGCAAUCAUUAGGCGGGUUCGCAGUCGAUUAAAAAUAGUGAAAAGUGGUUGUUCCAGAAUGAGCUGUGAAUGGAUUUUAAAAUGGAGUCGGAAGGGUUCAGCAUGUCAGUAUAAUCAAAACAUUUUUUGUGUGUUAGCUAUAAUAUUGGACACCAAGCCUCACAUUUGGUCAGGGCCAGACGUAAAACAAUCAUUGUGUGCGACUUGUAGAUAAGGUUUUCAGUUUUAUACAACCACCGAUUUUGGCCUCAUGAGGACGAGUGAUACAACUGGCCACUCGUACGUCGAAGUCUUCAUACCGACCAAAGUAAUGCCAAAUACAACAACGUGGAUUUUACAACAGAUACCAUGACUGAACAACAUUCUUGGAAGGUAAUGGCCGAUACUUUUAUAAACGACUACUCCAUCAAGAUUAAACUGGGAAUCGAGUUUGAUCCGUGGCUACUGUCAGUCGCUGAAGCAAUCCACAAGAUAAGAGAGCAUCCUCCCAUCCGGAAAAAUGGACACGAGAAUUGAUGACGUCCUAUUUAAUAUCGGGGUGCUUUCCUUUACGCCUAUACAGUGAAAAAAAUAGGGAAGGGGAAACCAGAGAGAUACAGGACGAACAAAACAAAAAAACUUGAUUGGAGAAAGCCGGGACGUGGUAGUAUUGUUUCAGCCUCCGACGAAUUUGAAUCACUGAUAUCUAGAAGUGAGAUUUGCACAUCGGCUAGUGAAUCUACAAGCUGUCGGCUAGAUUCUUAGCUACUCCCCAAGAAGUCCAGCUUUCUCGAAGUCUUUGGAUGCUGGUGGUCGAAAUGCGUCGAUCGUUUCUCAUCCUUUUAUUCGGCCUCUGUGUUGUCAUAACCAUCACUUCGGCAGGGGUCUUCAAAAUGCAUUCGCGUAUCACGAAUCCCAUCGCGUCGUUCUUUGCCAACGCGAAACCCAAUAAUGCGAACAGAACUCAAAGCACCAGCCUGGGAAAUGUAGUCGACUACGUGGGCUAUUUCAGUACUGCGGACGACUACAAACCUUAUUACAACACGGAAGCUGUUCUGUCGCAUACGCACACUCUUUCGUCAUCGGCAUACAUCGGUGGCUCGUCCAUUCCGAUUGCCCCACCCAAAAGAGGAACGUACCAAUAUGAUACGUGCGGGAGCAACAUAGUAGUCCCGUUGACUUAUAAUCGCAAAAUCUUGGCGGAGCAAGCCCUCAGACCUACUUACAAAUCGACUGAUUUUCCUGCCGGACGCACCUACCCAUUGGUUUGCAAUUGGAAUGUGCAGGUGAGUAAAAACUGCAGUCGUGCUAGAAUCACAAUGAGAGUUGACGGCCGCAGUCGAUUGCCAGAUGAAGAAGGUUGCGCCAAAGGAUACAUUCGCGUCUCUCCUUUUAUGAAAGAGGCCAAGAUUUGUGGGCGCGUCAACUACAUUCAACCGUAUUAUUGGUAUGUAGAAGAUCAAAAGUCGGAAACUGUCACCAUCACCAUGAAAAAUAUCGGCCUGAAUGAUGGCUUCUCUGAGGGAUUCUCUUUUACCUUGUCAGGCGAAUGUCUUCCGAUUGAAAUUGGCAUAAAAAAAUUCGAUGUCAACAAGGAAAACGCAGGAUCGAAUAGCCGAUGGAUGUACCGUCUUUUAUCGGACUCUGCUGUUUCCGGUGUUCCAACGGUGGUCAUUCCGGGUGUCGUUGCCGGCACGGAUAACAAUCCCGUUCCAGCAAAUAUCCCGCAUGUUGCAAAUGAUCCCGCAAAAUUUCCGCCGGUCGACACGGGUAACGAUGCCGAGAUGUUGAUGCUCAUUCAGAAAGACAAAGAGCGGAACCAGACAACGACAACUACUGCCACGACGUCGACUACAACCACCACCGAACAGACUACUAAGACCACUCCCACGACAACUCCUACGACAACAACUACGAAACGCCCAAUUCCUGAUUUUGAUCUUGAGACUCCAUGGGAUGUCCUCAAACCGUUAAAACCAACGACCCGACCAUUUCCCUCAACCUCUUCCACGAGCAUAAAUGUUUCGAAACCUACCGUCCCAACGUCUUUUUUGAGUGAACCUAAACCUCAUCCUAUACUCAGCGUCAAGUUCCCUAAUCGCGUCCAAUUCACGUCCACCACGAUCUUCCCGCCGAGCACGAGUGCAAAACCUACCAAGAAACCCGUCGAUUCCACUUUUGAUUUAGAAACUCCAUGGCAAACACUCAAAAACCAAUCCUCGCUACCGAUAAUACCUCCCCUUUCAACCAGCACCACCAAAGCUCCUUUGGCCGCAGUUGCGACAACACAAUCGUCCAUCACGAUCCUGAAAUAUAACCGCCGCAACCAGUCCAUCUCGGCUUACAAACCUGACCCGCAGCCUUCCGUCAGUCUGCCUGAGGACAGUACAAAUGUGAAACUCCCUGUUGCGUCUGCGGUGACUUAUCUUGAUUCGCCCUACUCGAAUCAGCCGUCCUUGUCGGAAAUUGAUUCUGAAAAUGACGACGGAGGUUCCAAUGAAUUGAUUGUAGAAAAUCAAGAGGUACCCGACCUUCCUAUUGACGACGUGGUCGAUGAUGCUCUAUCGUACAUUACUACGCUCUUAGAUAAUCCACUAUUACAAAAAUCACUGCCGAAAAAACCUCUAAGAAAAAGUCCAAAUCUGGUAGUAUUCAAAGGUUUGAGUGAUUAUCCCUCAAUUGCAUAAUACUUAAUAAGCAUAUUCACGAAAGAAAAAUUACAAAUUAUUUUUAAGCAAAUCCAAAUAUUUUAUAUCAUCUAUAUGGGUAUGUCGUUCCGUAUUAUUGAAAGACGUUACUGUUAUCAUUUGUUGCAUUUUUUUUUAAAUUCAACACUCAACAUUUCGAAAAUAUGUUUCUGCCAAUUUGAUACCGAAGAUGGUUGUCUGGCAUCACGAGAAAUUGUGAAAUAAAACGAGAAUUUAAUCUAA